CCCAUCUGAAAAACCGUCGAGAUUACUUUUCAAGUCCCAAUAGCCCAACUAUCAGCAAUCCUACCGUAUCAAUAAAUUUCACUCCAGAUAACAAGCGGCUCAACCGAAAAUGUCAAACCCAGAAGUUAGCAAACAGCAAGCCCUGAGGGCUCUUGAGACGACAAUUUUCGUGCUUGGUCAGGCGAUAGAAUCAUGCUGCAUAGCCGAAAGUGCUCCGGAUAUCCCCAAAGCCUUCUCUAUAGUGGCAAAGCAUCUUCCAGCUGUCGAGCAGGUUUUCAGCUCAGCCCGAAAUCACUUAAAGUCGAGCAAGGAGGAAACAGAACAGGUGAAAGAGCUAUACCCGGUCGUAAAGCAUGUCUCAGACGAGGGCUGUGGACAAGUACGAUUCAUUGAGAAUCUUUUUGACACAGUUACACAAGAUGGAGAGAAGAUGGAGCGCUAUGCCUCGGCGGUCAAGAAUGGCGAUGGGAAGAAAGUCGAGACGAUAAUGGUAGAGCUUCUCACCAACGCAAGCCUCGUGGCAGUCGAGCCUCUCGUGAGCCAAGACGAUAUCAACUCUUUACAAGGAGCUUUGGAAGAAAUGAAGAAAGUCCCUCCUUCCUUGGAAGAGGAUCGGAGUGCAGGGGUAGUAUUGAAUAACAGUGGAUCGGGCAACCAAUUUUAUCACGGUGGAAGGGGGAAUCAGAAUCAUUGCUCUGGUGGAUUUCAGGUGAACGGGGACAACCAGAAUGCCAAGUAUACGUACACGGAAAAGUCGAAGGCAGACGAUGAGUCAUGA